GGUAGUGGCUCAGGAAUGACAAACCCAAAUCAGAACUUGUCACGAGCGGAAAACACCGACGAUUCUGAUAUACAACCGUUAUUUAGUGCGCUUCGUCUGCAUAGUGAUAACAAUAACAAUUUUCUCCACAACUGUACAACAAUGAACGUGAUUUACAUUGGAAAAAUGCGUGUAUACUGUACAACAAUGCCGUGUGAUUAGUGCCGCACAGUUUCCAAGUUGAACUUUGUCAAACAUCGACCUAACUGUUUUGUUUGCGACAGUGCGCUGUCAUUUAAUUAUUGUAUUAAUUGGAUUUACGCAUAAACAAAUUGAGUCAUCAAGUGUAGUUAUCCACCAUGGAAGCCUUGCCUCGUCUGCCUAUGGUCAGCUUUGAGCUGCUGUCUACGUCGGAAAAAGUGUCAUUUGCUCAGAAAUUGAAACUGUAUAUUGCAAGUUUCUAUCAAGAGGACCCAGAGAGUUAUAAUAAUGAAAUUAGAACACUUGAGGGACUUAGAGCUCAGGCUGUGUGGCCAUCAAUUGACAUCAACAGUUGCCAGAUUAUGAAGAAGUACUAUUGCCAGCUGCAUUUUUUGAAAUCCAGAUUCCCCAUGGAGGAGAAUCAAAUUUCAUCAGUGUUUUUUGCUUGGAAAGAUGAUUACACGAAAAUGUCUUGUAAUAUGCCCGAUGUAAACUUUGAGCUGAUGUGUAUGCUGAUCAAUAUUGGUUGUAUACACUCCAAACUGGGCGCAGAAGAUACAAGAACAACGCCUGAAGGAAUGAAGAUGUCCUGCACGCAUUUCCAAUGCGCCGCGUGGGCUUUUCAGACAGUCCGCGAAACUUACGGUCAACUAAUUGGUUUGAUAAUGAUUUCUUCCGAGCAGAUUCGUGCAAUGCAAUUAAUGUGUUUGGCUCAAGCACAAGAGUGCAUCUUAGAAAAAUCUCUCUUGGACAAUCGCAAACCGACAAUUAUCGCUAAAAUUGCGGUUCAACUUUGCGAGUAUUACAAACACGCUGGUGUCUCUUUCCAAAGCGGUGAUGAUUGUCUGGUUCUUGAACACUUUCCCAAUCAUAAAUACCUUGCGCAAUAUUUACAAUUCAAAAUUGAUUAUCACCGAUGUAUAGCUUUGUUAUAUCAAGGUCAACAAGCCGAAGAGCAGCAGAAGAUGGGUGAGCGUGUUGCGUUUUAUCAGGCUGCUGUUGAUAUGUUGGAUGAGGCUGUAAAGCACGCCUCGAAAAUGUGUUCUUCAUCACAGGUUUUAUUCAAGGACACAAUCGCUUUUACGUUGGAUGUGGUGAAGGGCAAACACAAGGCGGCUGUCAACGAAAACGAGUUUAUCUAUCACGAAGAUGUUCCUCACCUUGCAUCUUUACAAGAAAUAAAAGGUGCCUCACUCGUGAAAGGUAUUCCUUUCAAUGUGCAUGAUCCUGAAGUAGCAGGAAGUGAUAUUUUUGGCCGUCUGGUACCAAUGGAGGCUCACGAAGCUUCUUCGUUGUACAGCGAGAAAAAGGCUCAGUUGUUGCGUAAUGUUGGCGAAAGAGUGGAACAGAAAGACAUGGAACUCUGUGACUUUUUAAAUUCAAUGCAGCUCGAGGUUCUUGGAUUCGUCAAGUCUGCUAAGGGUUUACCACAGGAAUUAGUCGAUCGGGCAGCUUCUAUGGUCGCACGGCCGAAUGCGACCAAGGAAUUAGUUGAGGCAAUGGGUAAGCUUUCAAAUUCGUACCAGGAGGUGGAAGCAAUGUUGCAAGAAAUUCAGGAGAUGCUGAAAGUCGAAGAGGAAUCCGAAAAGGAGUAUCAACAAAUUAUGGGUAAGCGACCUCCGAGUAUCAUCGCCACGGAUUUAGCUCGGGAAAGUGCGAAAUAUCAAGAAGCGCAUGGUAAAGCAUCGGAAUCCAACAUGAAUCUUCAUAAAGCAAUGACGACGCAUGCGGCAAAUAUUAAAUUGUUAGCGCAGCCGUUGAAUCAGUUGGUGCAAAUCGUCCCAACUUUGAAUCUCCCCGAUCCGAAUGUGGACGAGACCAUUUUAGAGUCAAUUGAAGGCUUGAUGUCUAAAGUGGACGAAAUGAAGAACCAGCGAAUGAUGCUGUGGAAUCAAUUUAGAGAAGCUAUUCACAGUGAUGACAUUACUGGAGCGAUUGUUACAAAACAAGCUGAUCAGUCUUUGGAUGAGGUUUUCCAACAGGCUUUAGACAAACAUAGUAAAGUAACUGCUGUGAUUGAUCAAAACCUAUUGGCUCAAGAAAAUAUCUGUAAAGCAUUGGUUGAAAUGUAUGCAAAGUUUACGCCAACGCGUAAAUAUCUUCAGGAUUUGUUUCACAAACGGAACACUACUUUAUCUGCACUUAUAAGUUCCCACGACACUUACGAUGAUUUAAUUUUGAAAGCUAAUAAAGGUAUUGAGUUCUAUUCAAAGCUAGAAAGUAAUGUUUCAAAGUUAUUGGGAAGAAUUAAGAGCGCCUGUAAUGUGCAGCAGGAAGAACGUGAUCAGAUGUUGAUUAAGAACGGACAUUCCAAGCAACAUUCACAGCCCGAACCUGUUCCGCAAGCACCUGCACCGGAAAUGAAUAAUGCAACUAGUGUGGUAGCACAGUCAAACACAAACAAUAUUAACAUGCAACAUAAUGCUUUGAACAAUGUGAAUAUUCAGCAACCAUCAAAACCGAAACUUAAAGAUUACCUAGACACAAGGAAAGACUUUAAAGAGCAAAGGGUAAAAAAUGAUGUUUUGGGACCACAAAUGCAAUACCCUUCAUCACCGAUGUACGGAACUACUGGGAAUGUAGCAGGAGCAGGUCAAGCGUUAGAACAGCCUUGGCAAGCGAACUACAAUCAAAACUUGCCGAAUUCACCAUAUGCCGCGAAUUCUACGCCACCACCGACGCAGCAAACACCACAGGCGACGCCGACACCCACACCACCACCCCCUGCUGCAGGGGCGAAUUCUUAUGGGACAUACUAUCCCUAUGCUCCCCCUACUGCGUCCGCAGUACCGGACAACGCGAGUUACCCGCCGCCAAAUCAAAGUUAUGCGAGCAAUCAGCAGUAUAACAGCACGAGUUAUCAAUAUCCUAGCAAUGUAGGAGUGGGGGUGGCGCCAGCCGCGACGACACCUUCGUUAGCGGGUGGUGUUAAUUACAUGUAUCAAACACCCGCAACUGGCACCGAUUACGGAUACAAUGCGCCCGGAUACAACUACAACAAUCAGUACACUAAUGGAGUCUAUGAUUAUACCGCGACUGUUGGCGCUAGUCCGAGCGUCGCUGCUUAUCAAUAUCCAACACCUACUGCUACUCCAGUGACAACGGCGAAUGUUGCAUCCAGUACAGAGACAUCACAGUUGCCUGCAAUACAGCCUGCACCUAAAAAGGAGAGCAGUAUUGACCUCUUGGCAGGUUUGGACUUUUCGAUAAAUCAAGCGCCUCUCAUCCCGCAAGUCCCACAACAACAAAAACAGAAGGAGCCUCCGAAAGCGGACGUGAUUGAAACACAAACACCCCCGAAGAAAAUCGAAUCGGUAGGGUCUAAUGCAAUCCCCGCUCCGGUCAAAAAGAAAAACAAAAUUCUUUUGAAAGGCGACCCACUUAAAAACCCUAUGACCGUGGAGCAGUUUCUGGCGGAGGUGGAAAAGUUUGAAAAAUAUGUCGGUGACUUAUCAAUAAAAACACUAAGCGGUCCGAGUAAUUUGGAGCUGCGUUGGAAGGAGAUUCAGGAAAGCCAGGAAAACAUGGAGGCGACGAAAAAGAGCAUUUCGGUGGCUCGUUGCUAUCCGCUUAAGAAUCGCAGUCCCGACAUUCUGCCCUACGAUCACAGCCGCGUGGCGCUUGUGAACACAAAAGAUGAUUACAUCAAUGCGUCGCACGUGAGCGUGGGCCCGUACUGCAUGGAUUUUGUGCUCACGCAAUUACCGCUCGCACACACGGUGCAAGAGUUUUGGAACAUGGUGUGGGAGCAGCAGAUCGAGACCGUUGUUUGCCUGCUAGCCGAUAACGAGAUAAACGAGGGAUGUUAUUGGCCCGCGGAGCCCGGCAAGGACCUGAACGUCACGCGGCGCGUGAUCCUCGCGCAUAGCUCCGCCAACGAACACUUCACCGAGCAUAAGCUGACGAUCUCCGACGAGAAGGAGAGCCGAUUAAUAAACAUAUUUCAGUAUACGGCGUGGCCGGGAAGCUUGUUUCCAACGAAUGCGACACCAUUCAUCGACUUCCUGCAGCUGGUGGUGAAGAACUAUGAAAAACAAAAAUGUAUUGGCAAUCCGGUGUUGGUGCAUUGUUUGGCCGGCGUUGGCAGGACGGGAAUUUGUGCGGCGCUGCUCGCCGGGCUAAUGGAGUUUGCUGCUGUCGCGUGCCCACUUCCUGACAUUCCUGCAAUUGCGGCCAAAAUUUCCUGCGCUCGGAAAAAUGUCCUGCGAGAUCGCGAGCAUUUGAAAUUCGUUUACACGACAUUGUUGCAGCAUUUACAAACCGUGCGAAAGGGAUUCAUAAAGUGUGAUAAUGAUAAGGCUGAUGAGAUGGUAAAGAAGACGGUUGUGGUGGAUCCUUUUAGCGAGUUAGACCCGCUGUGGGCUACGCGGAAGUCGUAAAUUUUUAUACUAGACACGAUGUAUUAUAUACUCCUAUAAAAAAGUGCUUUAUAUUCUUUAGUUCUGAGUGUGUAUAGUGGAGUUUUUCAUUUUCUUAAUGAUGAGAUACGUAAUUGUAUCGAUUGCAGACACGGAAAUUAAACCUGGCAGAAAUUAUAUAUUUAUAUAUUUAAUAAUGAAAUUAAAAUGAGUUAUUGUAUUAUGAAUCGUAAUUAUCUAUGCAAAUAAAGCAACUGAAACCAA